CACACACACACACACACACACGCACGCACACAGUGGCCAGGAGAGGGAGGAGGAGAGUCGACAGUCAUCUGAUACUUUUCCUGUCCCACCCUCUACCGGACGGACGGGAAGAGUUCACGGUAAACGGGCUCAACACACGGAGUUACGAGCGUUUCUGAUGCGAACGAAUGAAGACGAUCGACGUGGAGCCGCUGAAAUGACGCGACGCCAUUAAAACAGCGAGACGCGAUCAGCUGAGCAGCCCGCGCGCCUCUUCCUGCUACUGAAACCGAGUGAAGUUAAAGGAACUCGGAAAGGAACUUCAGAAACAUCUGAAAGAAGACCCACGAUGAUCGGUCCGGACGGAGAAACCUGACGAUGCGUUCUAGACGGUCAUGAGAGAGCGUUUCUGAACGCGUUUGGCCGCACAGCUGAAUUCGCUUUUCCUGCUAUUCUUCUUCUGAGCGUUUCCUGCUCGGGCAAAACCACAGCGAACCAGCUGCUAAAAAUACUGACCCCUCAAUGGACCGCUAAACAGAGACUUGAAGUCUAAUGUUUGUCCUCUUGCUUGGGAGUUUCAGAAGGACUUUGACAUCUGGGUAAGCCAGUAGAUCCAUGUGUUCAUUCUCUCUGUAGAGCUAUAUGAUAUUUAUAAGUGGUGUUUUUAGAGUAUGCAGGUCAAGACAGUCCUCAAGUGAUCUGAUCUGGACCUUGGAGCGUCCAUUUACUCCGUCCUUUGCGUCUACAUGGGGAUUCAUGACUGAUGGAGACACAUCCACCGAUGAUCCGGACGUACAGAGAUCUGAGGGCGAGAGGGGUCGUGACGUACCCACCUGAACUUCCACAUUACACUUUGUAAACCUUGUAAACUUCAUGGAGCCGCUGAAGAACAUAUUCUCCCGCAGCUCGCUGUCCACCUGGAAGAGCCUGGAUCAGACUCAGAAGGGAAACUUCACCAACCCGGUUUGGACCGCUUUGUUUGACUAUGAGGCCACGGGGAAGGACGAACUGACCCUACGUAAAGGGGACCUGGUGGAGGUCCUGUCUCUGGAUUCGGAAAUAUCCGGAGAUGAGGGAUGGUGGGCGGGAAAGGUCAACAACAAGGUGGGAAUCUUCCCCUCCAACUACGUCUCCUUCAAACCCAGCGGAUACGGCAAACUGCCGGGUUCUGGCGUCGUCCAAGACUUGGGACCGGCCGUGGUGAGCGAGUUGGAGCCGGAGGCGGUGGAUUUCAGCGAGCUGAGCCUGGAGGAGGUCAUCGGGGUGGGAGGUUUUGGGAAGGUCUACCGGGGCACCUGGAAGGGCGAGCUGGUGGCCGUGAAAGCGGCCCGGCAGGACCCGGACGAGGACAUCAGCGUCACGGCCCAGAACGUCCAGAACGAAGCCAGACUCUUCGCCAUGCUCAAGCACCCCAACAUCAUCACGCUCAAAGGGGUUUGCCUGCAGGAGCCCAACCUGUGUCUGAUCAUGGAGUACGCGUCCGGCGGCCCGCUGAGCCGCGCUCUGGCCGGGAGACGGAUCCCGCCGCAUGUGCUGGUCAACUGGGCCGUGCAGAUCGCCCAAGGGAUGCUGUACCUGCACAGCGAGGCCAUAGUCCCCGUCAUCCACCGAGACCUCAAGUCCAACAACAUUCUGCUGGCUGAGCCUGUAGAGAAGGGCAGCAUUGAGGGCAAAACCCUGAAGAUCACAGAUUUCGGUCUGGCGCGAGAGUGGCACAAGACGACUAAGAUGAGCACCGCGGGCACUUACGCCUGGAUGGCACCAGAGGUCAUCAAAUCCUCCACCUUCUCCAAGGGCAGCGACGUCUGGAGUUAUGGUGUGUUAUUAUGGGAGCUUCUGACUGGCGAGGCUCCAUACAGAGGGAUCGAUGGUCUGGCUGUGGCUUAUGGAGUCGCCGUAAACAAACUGACCCUUCCGAUUCCCUCCACCUGCCCUGAACCCUUUGCCCAGCUCAUGUCCGAGUGCUGGGAUCAGGACCCGCACCGGCGGCCCAAUUUCGGCUCCAUCCUGGAGCAGCUGAUGGCUCUGGAGGAGCAGGUGAUGGAGGAGAUGCCGCAGGAUUCCUUUCACUCUCUCCAGGAGGACUGGAAACUGGAGAUCCAGGACAUGUUUGAUGAGCUGCGGGCUAAAGAGAAGGAGCUGCGCUGUCGUGAGGAGGAGCUGAAGCGCGCGGCGCUGGAGCAGAAGUCUCACGAGGAGUUCCUCCGUCAGCGCGAGCAGCAGUUGGCGCAGUGGGAGCAGGACGUGUUCGAGCGAGAACUAUCACUGCUCAUCCUGCACCUCAACCAGAACCAGAAACCCAACGUCAAGAAACGCAAAGGAACCUUCAAAAAACACAAGCUGAAGGUUAAGAACGGAGAGAAGAUCAGCAUGCCACAGGAUUUUAUCCAUAAGAUCACGGUCCAGGCGUCUCCGUGUUUGGAAAAGAGACGUAAUUCUCCGGAUCUGGGCUCGCCGUCCAUCGGCCCACGCUUCCGAGCGAUACAGCUAAGUCCCAAUGAGAGUAAAUGGAGUUCGGUUUGGCCGCUGGAGUCUCUUCCUCUCAAGCAGACGAAUGGUGAGAGGAGAUUCGCUCCUCAUUUGAGCCCUAAAAGCCCCAAGAGUCCAAAGAUCCUCCGACUCAGUGCGCAGGAGAACAGUCUGUCGAUGAGAGCCAAACUCCUGGACAUGGACAGCAAUGAGAAUGACGACUCUAAAGCUGAUUUCGAGGAGUACAGACCCGUCACACCAGAGUCCAGCCACAAUGAGGGUUCAGAGAGUGAGGAAGGCGGUUCGUCCCCCUGUGGCUCUCCGAAACCGGAUCACCCCGGUCUGGCGAAGAACACACACCGUGCUCUGCUCAGCAGCGCCGCCCUGCUGGCGUCUGUAGCUCUGGGACGCUGCCUGGAAGUGCAGCACCCGCCCACACCGCCGCCGCGGGCCUCGUCACGGACUCACCUGCCCGUGCCGGAGCCGGACCCAGAGCCGGAGGUGGUGGGAGAUCUGAUCACGUUCAGCACGGACUCUCUGCCACGGGGAUUCCUGGAUUCACUAAAGCCGCCCGAGAUCAAGCCGCUGCCGCUCACUCCGCCGCCACCCAACCCGCGGGACAGAGACCGGCCGGGCCGCAGGACACAGGACAGUCCCGGAGACUGGACGGCACACGCCAAUGGAGAUGCGGCCGCUGAGGUCCCAUAUCAGAGCGGAGAGCGCAGGAGGAGGGCGAGUUACGGACUGCACUCCUCACAGCUGGUGUUGGAUCUCCCGUUGUGUCAGGACACAUUUGAGGCCGAGGACAAGUCUCCGAUGCCCUUCGCCCUGUAUCCGGACCCCCGUCUCUGGAGCCCCAAAACCCGUCGUCUGGAGGUCAACAUCGUCCCUCGACCGCGUCCGUCCCCGAACCGCCCCCGCAUCGACCCGUGGAGUUUCAUCUCGGCCGGUGUGGCGGACAGAACAGGCGCGAAGAAACCGGUUUGCGCCAGCAGUCCCACGAGCCCUCGUCUGGGGUUCCACCCCUCGCCCACCAACCCCUUCACGAACUGUGACCCGUUCCCAUCGCCGGACUGUGAUCCCUUCAAUCUGAAGCUCCACCCUUCCAUGAACUCGGACAGCGGAUCGACCUUUGACCCCUUCUCCACCCCCUUCCCGACCUCGCGCUCGGCGCCCUGCUCGACCAAUGCUAGCCCGAAUCUGUCUCUCAGGGUGGCCCCGCUGAACCCGGCCGACUCCCCGCUCAUAGAUCUGGGAUGGGCGGGCGUCAGCCGGCCGAUCGACGGCGCCAAAGAGAGGGUCCAUCCUCGCAGGGGCCUCGGCCUCAGUCCGUUCAGGUCGCCUGCGCAGCUCAGAGACGAUCGCUUCUGAACACUGGCCACAUAAACAAGCCUGCACGACACAUCCAUAAAACUGAUAUCGUGAUAUGGCUCACUGCCAUUUGUCAAAAGACUACAAUGUAAUGAAAUAUAUGAACCACCGACUCCAGAUCGAAACUGGCAGCGCAUACUUCCAUUUGCCGGCAACCCUUCAAACACAAAGAUAUAUAUAUAUAUAUACAUAUAUCCCAAAUCCUUCAAAAGGAUGGUUCACACUCUACUUUUUAAAUCAUUUUUAUUUGCACUCCCCAAUAAAAUCACCCACUUAUUUUGGAAUUAUUUCCAAAAUAUAGCUAUGCAAGUCAUCUGGUGAACAUUCCUGUAUUUCAACAGAUCACAAUACAUAUCACAGAAAAAUCGAAUAUCGCGAUGUCAGUUUUUUCCAGUGUCGUGCAGCCCUAGUCCAUGCCAAUUCUGGGAAAUGAAACUGCAGGAGAUUCCCAUUUUAUCUGGGAAAGGAAGACUGUUGAGCUGUGAUGGACGUUCGGUCAUUCCUGAAGACGCGACUCCUGACGGGAGUCACAAAUCCUCCAUGUUUUCCUCUCUGAUUGGUUGAACUUCCUCUCUUCCAGCACUGUCUCAGGGUCUUAAUGCCCUCUAGUUGCUCUUACAUAGAUCUGCUUUAAUGCCCCGAUAUACUAAUGGCCAAGCUCUUUUUCGCUUUUUGCUUAGGGGUAAAAAUAAUUUUGAAAUACUUGAGCAAUUCUGACCUCGACAAACUAAAGAGAAAACAUGAACUGGAGAAGAUUCAAAGGUAAAAGAAGGUGGAGCCUCAGAGCCACACCCACCUAUUGCAUCAUCACCAUAAGACAAUGACAAUUCCAAGGUGCUUUUCAGAAACUCCCAAAACAAACUUUGUUUUGGCCUGAUUUUGUUCAAAAUGACACCAAUUCAUUUUUCGAUUUCACUUGAAGUAUAUCGGGGCUUUACAGUCUAAUAUUCAGUCUCAAAAGAUGCCGCAGUCAAUGUCAAAUGAUUUCAAAAUUAUUUCACCUUGUUUCAUCCCAGAUUUAUUCUAUUACAGCGAUAAAAGUUGCGCGAUUGUUCAGUCAGAACAACGUUAUAUGCGGGAGAAUCCUUUACACGUUCACCAUAUGUGCCAAAGAAUGCCAGAUUUCCGUGUCCGAUGAUCAUUUGUGAUUCUCAAACAGUGGCCUGAAAGAGGUUGUGCUUCAACACAUGAGCAGAAAAGAGAAAUGUGCGUCACACUUCGUUUAAAACGAGUCGAGAAACGUUCUGCUGACCUCACUGGUGGUGUUUGGGCAGGAGAAGUGGACUAGACUUUAACGUUUAUUAUUUGAAACAUUCGUGAGGAGCGUCUGUCGUUCUGUCAGCUCUACAAGAGCAGAACCAGAAAACUUCAGGUGGAUCUUUAGUCCCAAACAUAUUCCUCAAAUCAGUGGUAUUUCUCUCUUGUUUUCCAGUAUCUUGAUUUAUGAAUGUUUAGAUAUUUGUACUUGAAAACCAGACAGAAAUACUGAGGAAGAACAUAAUUUUUGCAGUGCAAUCUCAGAAGAAGCAUAAAGCACGUCCAGAACACUAUAUACAGUCAUGAGAGGCAGUUUCUUCUUGUUUUCUAGUGCUGUUGUUCACUGAUCUGGUGACUCUCGUCUCCUCUACCUCCCUCUGCUGGUGGCUUGUGUGCUUUACUCUCAGAUCUUCAUCUCUGACGUUUUUCCCAACAAUGAAAUUCCUUCGGGAGGCCGUCGGGCGCAGGAGACGCUGUGGCUGAACAAUGGCCUCCUUUGGGUUUCGCUCUGCACAGUCUCUCGUGUUCUUCAUGCUGCCGCGUCAAACUACCCUUUUUGAUCGUCAUAUUUUGUAUUAUUUUCGUCUUUUGUAAGUAUUUUCAUUGUGAUUCAAGAUCAAACAUUUCUUUUUUUUUUAUGACAGAUCACUUUUAAGUCUCAUAAGCAAUAUGCAAAGGACUUUAGAUAGUUUUAUUUCAGAUUUUUGGCAGGAAUGAAGUAUACCGUGUUUGAACCAGUGUUGGAAUGUCGUGUAGUGAUUAAUGCACAUUAAACUGGUGUAUAACAGCACACACCGACUGUAAACCUCGACUAGAACAGUGUAAAUAUCUGUUCAGUCUGCAGUUAUUUGAGCUUUUCCCAUCAGACAGCCUGCAGUUUCUCAUCCCAACCAGCAGAAGUCACUCCAGCCCUUCGAGCGCGUCUCAAACACUGAAUGACCGCUGACGGCGUUUAUUACCUGAAGAACUCACACGUUCAUCCCACAGUCGUGUAGAUGUACGUGCUCUAGAUUCAGAAACAUCACAUUCAGAUCUGAAAGCGAAGUCAGAUGGAAGAGAUAAUUGUGAAUUUUUCCCUCAGAAUUGCAAGUUAUAAAUUUGCAAUUGUGACUUUUUUCUCUGAAUUUACGUCUUGCACUUGUUUCACAAAAAAAAGGUAAUUGCAACUUUUUAUCUCAGUAUUCUGACUUUAUUCCUCAGAAUGAAGUUUAUAUCUCACAACUCAGAAUAACUGAGUUACGUCUCGCAGUUACUAUUUUGCUAUAUAUUUUUUUUUGUUUCCACCAUGAAAUUAUAAAAUAAAAACUUUUUCAGACUUGAAUUAAUUCGGAAAGUUUUCUCAAAGUUGUGAAUUUAUAUCUUAUAAUUAUGACUUUUUUCCUCAGCAUUUUGAGUUCUCACAAUUCUGUUUUUUCCUCCAUGGAAUAUAUAUAUAUAUAUAUAUAUAUAUUUAAGAUUUUCUUUUUUUUUAAUAUAUAAUUGCAACUUUUUAUCUGAAAAUUUUAUAUUUUUCUUACAAUUGCAAGUUAUCAACUUUUCGCAUCAUUUAGACUUUUUUCCUUGCAAUUGUUUUUUUAUUUCUGCCAUUGAAUAAAAAAUAAAGAUAAUUGCGACUUUUUAUCUCACAAUUCUGACAUUUUUAUUCCUCUCAAUCGGAGUUUAUAUCUCACACUUUAUUUUGAUCUGUUGAAGAAACAAAUGUGCCAAAACCAGCCAUCUAGAGCAGGACGAACUCGCACCUACACUGAUGUUUUCAUCAGAAUUGUGAGGGAAAAGUUGCAAUCACCUUUUUUAUUUUCCUAAGAAGCUUCCACAGAUGUGAGAUAUUCCUGCUCGAAUGUGAGAGAUGGUUGAGUUCACAAACACCACUGGUUCUGGUCCGAGCAGGUCGUUUCUCCUCUCGUGUGUGAUGAAGAUAAUCAGCUUGACAAUCGCAGAAGCAUCUUGACGUCAGUUUCGCCGCUUUGGCCUGGUUUCUGAAGCGUCAACACGAUUCUGGCACGCCGUGUAAUGUCACCAUCUGUUCGCCCGACUGAAAUCACAGCAUUUGUGAAGAAACAGAACCAACGGCGGUGAUUCACUGAAACUGACAGCAGAAACACUGAACCAUUCCAACACGUCAGAUACGGCGAGUCGGUUCUGAGGUCUUCACGCGUUCGAGCGUCGUACUGUCGGCCGGCGUCACGAGAAUGAGUAAAGUUUUAAAGCUAUUAAUAUUUAUUAUUGAGGCCUUUAACACACUGGAUUCAAGACUUUAAAGGGUCAGAGACACAGUCCACGUUAGGAUGCUUUAUUAUAUUUUAAUAAAUAUUCUGUUUUGUUUGUUCUUCACUGGAGUUAUGGGUGCUGCAAAGGGACAAAUCUGUUUUACAAUGUCAAAAAUACAUUAGAAGACUGUAGAGUCUUCACAGAAAGACUUGGACAUGUGCCUUGAUUGAAAAGAGACACAUCUUCACUGUUUCUCCUCUCUUUCUUUCUUUUAUCCUCAUUGUUUUUGUGAACAAACAUGACCAAAACACUGCAGGCGGGCGGCACACUGUUCCAUCAGAUCCUCCACUACCUGCUAAAAUCUUGCCGUUUUGAGGGAAAGUCUUCUUAUUGAUGAUGAUUAAUGUUUUAUUUUAAACUUAUUUCGAUAUAUUGAGUGUUUGUGAAGCUGUUAUAACAUGUCUUGUGUGUGUGUGUGUGUGUGUGUGUGUGUGUGUGUGUGUGUGUGUGUGUGUGUGUGUGUGUGUGUGUGUCUCAAUGGGCUGGUCCUAAUCACUCCAUUCGUUUGUGUGAGAGCGUGUUUCUGUCUUAAAGAACGUCUGAAUGUUUAUUUUGCUAAUUGUAAUGGGUUUAACCUGUGGAACUUUUAAAUUUAAAUAAAUAAAAAAGAAAAAGACUGCAAAAAGGAGCAAAGACCAAAUAAAGUUUAACACGACUCUAAAA